AUAUAUGUAUACAUAUAUAUAAUUGUCACAAAUCAAUAAGCAUUAACGUUCAUUGUUUGCAUUUGCAUGUAUUAAACUUUAUUAACUAUUUUAUUGAAGGCAUUAAAUUUACUAAACCCGCGUUAUUCUUGUGAAAGGUAAUUUGUCAUCAAUUUAAUGUAAUAAAAAACAAUGUGAUAAAAAGCAAUACAUCGUUCUUUAUUCUACGUGAAGCAGCAAAGAGAAAUCAUGACGUGCAUUUGUAAGAGCAUCGGAAUGUUUUACUUUCGGAAAAACUUUACUAUUUUUUCUACAAAAUACUUCCUAAACCUUAUAGAGUGAAAUGUCACUAUAAAAAAAUGAAUAUUUAUCUUGUAAAAUAUUCAAGUGUUUGCCGGCCUAAUAAGAGUAAAAAUUUACUUCUAUAAAAACGAGUAGAACUUCUAUAAGCAAGAACUUUGACACUUAUUAAAUGAUAAAUCACUCGACAAUUACACAAGUUCAAUUUCCUCUCUUCGAUAUUUACGGACUACAUUGGAGUUUUAUAAAAAAACAUAGUUAAAGAUUUUGCGUAUUAUAAUUAAACAUUAUAACCACCUCUUUACUCUCAAACGAAGGUGAAAAUCAAGAAUCGUGCCAAGCAUAACACAAUGACGGCACAUGCGUAGCAUGUGACGACAGCGAUGCAAGCGCAGUUGCAUUGCUAUCGUUACAUGAUACGCAUGAUGUGUGGAAACGCAUAUGGAAGAUGCUAUUUCAAGAUAAACUAAUAAAAGUAAUUUUAAUGAAUUCUAUAUUGCUUUUAUAUAAUCAGUAGUUUGCUUGCAAAACACGUUGAUUACCAAGAAGAUACAAAGCAAAAAUGGAAAAAAGUAUCCACGUGCAAGUUGAAGACAAUUCGCUUUCAAUAGAGCACAUCUUGCGUCCAAUAUCGUACACUUCCUGGCUCUUGGGUGUCGGCGUUGCUCGUCCGCGAAAGUGUCCUAAGACUAUAACAAUAAUCAUACGUAUUGUACAUCUGAUUGUGUGUACCUUAUAUGUGGUGUACGGUAUGAUAAACUUGUUCAUAUAUGGCAGUGUCUUUGCUCUUAACUCCGACAUAUUUGAGUUUAUAUACUUCACGAACAGGGUAACGCUCUAUGUAUCAAUGUAUUACAACAUUUAUCACGGGAUCAGGCAGUACGACAAGUGGCCAGAGCUUAUGAAGAGAAUGAAAGAACUUGAUCAGAAGAUCAGGAAGGAAACCUCCAUGGAUGAUCGGCCUGUAAAAAACUUGGAAGCACUAGCGAUUCUGACGACGCUUGCUUUGUGUCCUUUAGCUCUGAUCAUACACGUGCUAUAUUGCUUUAUAAAUUCAGAGGACAUUUACGUGACCAACAUUCUGUUCUAUUACGUCGCAGCCCAGUCCUUGAUUAACAGUUUCGUCUUUGACGUUGUCGUUUAUGUGCUCUAUUGUAGAUUCAAAACGGUAAAUAAAUUGAUCGGACAGUUGAAUGAGCGAAAUGAGUUGAAUGAAUCACUAUCUGAUCCAUCAUGGAUCGUGCUAAGGAUUAGACGCAUCAGAGAAUUGUAUAUGGGUAUUUGUCAUCUGGUCAGCAUGGUAAACGAUAUCCACGGCGUUCAUCUCCUCUCUUGUUCGGCGAACUGCUUUGUCAUGGUUGUGACUAUACUAAUCACAAUGUACAUGGGUGUUGUGGAGAAAAACUACUCGUAUAUAUUGAUAAAUAAUAUCUUUUGGAUAAUGUAUACCACGCAAUUUGGUCUGAUGUGCUGCGUUUGCACACUCACGCGUCAAGAAUCUGACAAGAUCGGAGGAUCUAUGUACGAAUGUGUACUGAAUUGUAAACUUAUGAAUCUUGACGAAAUAAGCGGGGCGAGAAAUGAAUCGAGUCUAGAGGUGCGUCUACAACUUGAAGACUCGGGCAGCGAGCAAAAUUGUAAUUGGAGCAGCAGCGGUCACAAUCUGAAUUACGCCGUCUUGGAAAAUCUCUCGCGUAAAAACUUGGAUCGAAACUGUAUCAGAAACGAGAUCAAUGAUUUUUCAAUUCAACUGCAACAAUAUCGAGUAGCAUUUACGGCUUGUGAUUUCUUUGAAAUGAGCAAUGCUUUCUUCGGUGGUUUCUUUGGGAUGAUCAUCACUUAUCUAGUAAUAUUCAUGCAAUUCUAUCAACAACCUGAUACAGACAAAAACGUAGUAGAACAUACUUGCAAAAACUUAUCAAUUAACAAGAAGAUUGAGGCAAAAAUAGCGGAAAAGAUCCACAUAGAAGAAGAAGACAACUCAUUCUUGAUAGAGAACACACCUUACGAUUAAUAUCGUACACCUGCUGGUUCCUGGGAGUCCGCAAAAAUAUGCCAAGAGUAUAAUUAUAAUCAUUUAUAACAUUGAUAUUACAAUCUAACUUCAAUAAUACCUAUAAAUAGUCGAUAUGAAAACAUACUGUCUUAUGCUGAAAUACGACAUACGAGUAUGUUUUUAUAGAAAUUAUUUAGAGACACUGUACUGUUGAAGUUUGAUUAAACAGAUUUUAAUGCGUUCUAAGGUACAACUUGAGAGUAAGAUAACAGUAUGUUUCACAAAUAUGGAUUACAAUGUCUAACUCAAAAAUAAAUUCUAUGAUAAAAUAUCAUAGAAUAAAUUUAAAAAUAUCAUAAAAUAAAUUUUAGCCACUUAAUUCAUUUUAAAUAUAUACAUACAUACACACAUAUAUGCAAAUAUACCUAUAUAUAAUUGUCACAAAUCAAUGAGCAUUAACGUUCAUUGUUUGCAUUUGCAUGUAUUAAACUUUAUUAACUGUUUUAUUGAAGGCAAUAAAUUUACUAAACUUGUGUUAUUCUUAUGAAGGGUAGUUGGUCCUCAAUUUAAUGUAAUAAAAAGCAAUCUGAUAAAAAGCAAUACAUUGUUCUUUAUUCUACGUGAAGCAACAAAGAGAAAUCAUGACGUGCAUUUGUGCAUGACGUGCAAGAGCAUCAGAAUGUUUCACUUUCAGAAAAACUUUACUAUUUUUUCUACAAAAUACUUCCUGACUCUCAUAGAGUGAAACGUCAUUAUAAAAAAAUGAAAAAUGAUCUUGUACAAUAUUCGAGUGUUUGCCGGCCUAAUAAGAGUAAAAAUUUACUCCUAUAAGAACGAAUAGGACUUCUAUAAGCAAGAACUUUGAUUCUUAUCAAAUGAUAAAUCACUCGAAAAUUACACAAGUUUAAUUUUCUUUCUUCGAUAUUUACGGACUACAUUGAAGCUUUAUAAAAAAAAUAUGAUUCUGCGUAUUAUAACUAAACAUUAUAACACCCACUUUACUCUCAAAUCAAGGUGAAAACCAAGAAUCGCGCCAAGCGUAACAUAAUGAAAAUAGCGAUACAACUGCGCUUGCAUCGCUAUCUACUAU